AUGCUGCUGCUGCUGCUGGCCUCCGCCGCAGCUCAAGACGAGACCAGCCACCGUAAGGGCUGUGGCGAGCAUGGGUACAGGGAUGGUCGGUGGGUGCCGACGCCAGAGCAGGCGGCGCCGUACAGGCUACACCGCAACGUGCAGCGCAACCCACUCGUCAAGGGUUGGGCGUAUGCGGGCCGACGAUUCUGGGGCGCCUGCGACGAGGGCCUGGCCGACAAUGCGACGCGCGAGGCCGUGCAGCAGCGGUGGCAGCCGGCCAGAUGCGAACUGCAACCCUUCGACGCGGCGGCGCUCUGCCGCCGGCUCGUCCUUGGCAAGCGCGGCGACGGGUCGCACGCGCGGCGGCCUCGCGCUGACCCGCCGCUCGACAUCCUGUUCGUGGGUGACUCGUUCACAGGCCAGCUCUUCAUUUCGUUCGUCUCGCUGCUGCGCGGCUCCAUCCUGCGCAACGAGGGCGCGCCUCGCACGGCGCCGUCGGGAGCGAUGGUCUUCGGCGACAUUCCGAUCGCCGAGCUGAAGGCGGACGCGGUGGCGUGCAUCGACGACGCGGCGGCGCUGCGGAUCGACUUUGUGGACGACGUGCCGGGCAAGGGGCAGCACGCGCCGCUUCGCGUCUCCUUCGUGCGCAACGAGGGCUUGAGCCUCAACACGGUGGAGCCAACGUCCGGCUACCGCCACCAGUACCCCUUCACGCACCGGAUCGGGCCGCGCACGCUGCUGGUCCUCGCGUGGUUCCACAACGACGACAAGUCCUUCGCCGCCAACCUGCAAGGCCUGCUCGACCUCGCGCGCAGCCGCAUGGGCGCGCCGGAGUGGGCGAGGUCGUUCGUCCUCUUCUCGGCCUCGUACGCGCACUUCUCCUGCAAGACGAAGGUCGGGGGCCGCGAGGUUGUGCCGGGCAAGGGGCCAAAGCCUGGCCAGCAUAACUACGCCCUCCUGAACCGGAUCGGCGAGAACAUGACGCGCACGGCGGGCGCGACCUUCCUCGACGUCACCACGAUGCUCGAGCGGCGCCCCGACGGGCACAUGCCGCACGACUGCGGCCACUGGUGCCUGCCCGGGCCGUACGACAUCGGUGCGCUGCUCCUCUUCAACGCACUGAUGGGGCACAUCGACGCGCCGCUCUCGCAGGUACAUCUGGGUGCCUUCCAGAGGCAGCUGCGACCCCGCCGAGUGGACGGUAACGCACAGCAGGUGGCGCGGAAGCGCGGGGGAGGGCGCUGGGAGCAACACGGAGCUCCGUUCGACGUUUUCAAGAUUAGCGUGUCAGAGUGA